UUGGGGAGGACGGGUCCGGAGUAAAGAUCUUUUUAAGUCUUCCAGGAUGCGUCAAUCAGCUGAUCAACCAUUCGAGAGGAAGUCAGCAGACCCUGAAGCGCUGAAGCUCAGAUGGACAGAGAUCUUCCAAAUGCAGCAUUCGGAGGGUUACUGGCAGUUCACCGCAGAGCUGGGUGAGCUGAUUAAUUUGGAUGUGGACCUCUUCGCCAACGUGUUCCUGAAAAACAAAGGCAUCCAGUCUCUGGGUGUGAAGGCCCAUGCAGACAUACUGAAGCUGGUGGCGACUCUGCUGGUCCUGCAGCUGAUGAGAGAGGAGAAGAUAGAGGAGGGCAAACUGCUCCGCACCCUGUUCUGCCUGGACGACUCCCCUCUGCCCAGGCCUGAGCGUUGGGAGGAGGUGAAGAGGGCGGUGGACUGGGUCUGCUGGGCGGACCGGCAGUACCCGUGUGUCUACAGCCGGCUGGAGUUUGGAUUCAGCUGGGAGUCCUCCACCCGCCAGCUGCUUGGCUUCGAAGGCCUCCCUCCCUUCUCCGCUCUCAGGGGACUGAACCUGCAGAAGACCGUGCCCCAGAUUCUGGUCCACUGAGCAGGAUAGUGAGAGGGAGGUUCAUACCCCUUUGCCUUUUUAUGGGGAUUACAUAAUCUAUUGGAUGUAUUUGUAGCCCUUUUAUUCAGUCAGUGUGUUUACAUGUUCUCAAAUAGGUAGAUACAAUUGGCUUACUGCAGACCUGAUUUAUUAAACUUAAACUGCUUUGGGUCUACAUAUCGCCUUUUCUGCACGUCAGCAUCUUUUUUCAAAUGUAUUCCAAUAAGGCGAUAGCUUAUACUGUUUUACACCGUGGUCUUCAGAGAAAGAGUUGCACCCCUCGUCUUUCUUCUGACCGUUCCACCGUUUUGGUCAAGUUGAAAAUAUUUAAACUUUCCAGAAAAACGCUGUUGACGUCACUGAAGGAAAUGACUGUCUCACUGUCAGACAGUAACCAUCAUAACAAAGACCAAAGAGCCUGUUUGUUGGAGCAGAUCUGCCAGUGAGUGUGUGGCUUUUAUCGUACCGUACACAUAUCAUCCUCCUCACUCUAAAGCUGUCAGACUAAAGCUGUGACGCUCAAUCACACAAAAUGUGAGAACAAGCAUCCUCUUGUUUGUUCUCAUAGACACAAUGUCAAACAAAUACAUAGCACAAAUCGAUAAUAAAAACCAAGGGGUGAGGCUAGUCUGUAAUACAACAAUGGUGAUACAGUGUCAAGACAUUGCUGUCAUAGAAACAACAAAACAACCCUUGGAGCGUUAUGUGGACACGCCCUUAUUCGGGGAAAGAGGAUUUAAAGGCUAGAUUACAUUUCAUGGCCUGAUACUUAUCAUCUUGUUCACAUGCAUGCAAGUCCACAACAAUGCCUUCAGACAGAGAUAGCAUCAUUGUGACCAGUGAUAAAAGGGAAGGUCACGAUGAGUAGCAGUCUAUUUGCAUGUUUGUAAUCCUCUCAUCAAAAAUUAGUCAAAACCAAAACUAAUUCCGCAGCUACUACUUCCUCUAAAUAAUUUACUUGUAAAUGUCGUCACAGCUGUCUUCCCACAGUUGAACACACAGUCACAUGUUAUUAUAAAAUAAGGAAGCAGUGCCUUUGUGCCCAAAAAGGGUCAGUUUCUUGGGAACAUCUUGGACUGACCUGCUGAAGGUGUGUGUUGCUUCUCUGAGUAACCUUGUACAUGUGAAUCUUUUUUUGUCUUGUGUUUCAUUUAUAACUGCCUUUUAAGCACCUUUGAUUAUUUUAGUGUAGGAUAUAGGAUCUUCUUUCACAGUAUAUGCAGUUUUAUAUCAUGGUAGCAGUAUAAAUCAGGGUACAGUAUAGUAUUGUUCUGUAAAUUCAAUAAGAAGUGGAUUAAAACAACCAGUUUUUUUAUUAUUUUCCUCUUUUAUUUGGAACUAUAAUAUUAACAAAAUCAACCGACUCACGAGAGACAAAGCCAAAGACUUAAAACCUUUAAAAUUCUGAAUGUGAAACACGUUUUAAGGUUAAACGAUGCAAAUAACUUUGACUUUGAAAUAAAUAUCAGUGUGACCUCAGUCAAUGCAAUAUGAAGCACCAUAAACAUCCCACAAGUUUUAAUUUCAAUAUAUACCAAAAUAAACAAGACUUUAACUGCAGGAUUUGCUCAUGUUUCAUUCAAAAAAGUAAAGUAAAACUCCCUUUUAUUUGAAGUACAUUACAGUACUCGAGUAAAUGUGUAGCUAAAUCAGGAAAUGGCAACUUUUUUAUACAAGAUAACACUUAUUAUAAAAAUAUGGUGGGUGUAUUACAUGUUCUCGGACAAGAUAAAGCUCUUGCACUCAACAACUUGCUGUUAUCAGAUAAAAAGCAGCUUUACCACUUCCCAUUUUUUCUUAAAGGUCCCCGAUCAUGCAAAAUGCACCUUUGAUGUCUUUUAUACACACAUAUGUGUCCCUGGUGUGUAAGGAGACUCACAAAGUGUCCGAAUACAACCCUCUCUCUUUUCCUCCGUACCCAAAUCUCUAAAAACGGGGGUACAACGGAGCUGAUCCAGAUGUGCUGCGGUCAUGACGACAUUACUAAAAUCAGGGCUGG